CCAGGCAAUAAUUAUCUAUAUUUUAAAUUGGAUGGUCACGAACCGGUUUAUUGAUGUUGGAAAUUUGAGAACACGACACAUAUUAUAUUAUUAUAACAUUAUAUAAAAUGUCCUCGAAACCAAAAGUAUAUGGAAUCUGGGGUAGUCCCCCAUUUGGGGCUGUUACAAUGUGUGCAAAGGUGUUGGGGGUUGAAUUAGAUGUGGAAAUAGUAAAUCUAUUAAAUAUGGAACAGUUAAACAAGGAAUAUAUUCAGAAAUGUCCUCAACACACAGUUCCAUUAUUAGAUGACAACGGUUUUUUCCUACCAGAUAGUCAUGCAAUAAAUGGUUACUUAGUAAACAAAUAUGGCAAAGAAAAUGAUCCAUUGUACCCAAAAAAUGACAUCAAAAGAAGAGCCCUCAUUGAUCACCGUCUUCAUAUGGAUUCUGGCAUUGUUGCUGCAAAAGGAUUCAGUAUAACACGAACUAUUGGCUUUAAAAAUGUAAAACCUCCCCAAGAAGCGUUUGAUGACUUAAAAGAAGCUUUCGCUCUCUUGAACAAGCAAAUUGAAGUACAAAAUACCAAAUACAUGGUCGGAGACAUUUUGUCUAUCGCUGAUUUUAGCAUUUAUGCCACUGUCUCAAACUGGGGAUUUUUCUUAAAGAACUGGGAAAACGAGUUUCCCCAUAUCAAAGCAUAUAUGGAAAGAAUGAAACAAGAAGACUGGCCUGAAGUUAAUGAUAAAGGCGUUAAUGCUUUUAAAGCUUUAUUUGAGGUCAGAUUAAAGGAGUUGGGGAUUUAAUAAAAUCUGCAGCGAGACCUUUGGAGAAAAGUGUGUUAGACAUUUUCAAUGAUAAGUUACGCCUGAAAAUAGGAAAAAAUGAAUUAGACUGCACCUUUAGGAUUGGAAAACACAGAUAUGGAAAACCUAGGCCUAUACUAGUGAAACUUGUUAGAGAAAGUACUGUGAGUGAACUUUUAAGGAACUGUAAUAAAUUAAAGGGAACUAGAAUUUUUAUCGGGAGAGAUUUAACUGAAGAAAAGAGAAGUGAAAGUAAAAUUCUCUACGAUUUUUAUAACAUAGCUAGCGAAAAACAGUUCUUAAAAAUAUAAAAUCGAAACUUAUUAUUGGAAACGAGGAAUAUACAUUCGAAACACUAAAAAGAUUCGACAAAACUACAUUUUUGGAACCAUUAGUGGAUAAGUGUCUUAUUUUCAAACACAAGUGCGCCACCCACUCCAGCACCAAGGAGUUACCAGAUUGAAGACUCGAACGAAGACGGAACUACCCCUUCUCCACCAAAAUCUCUCCCAAAGGAGGAGAAUAAAAAGAAAAUAUCAAAUUCUACCUAACCAAACAUCAAUAAACUGAAAGACUAGGACUGGAUCAUCAAGCAAUAUGCCACAAAUUCGGCCAACUAGAAAUAAGCAGUUUUAAUGAUAAAAUUUGUUAUACUUAUAUGUAUGUAAGUGUUAGUACAUUUUCUAUUUCUGAUGCAUUUUUAUAUUAUAUCCAUUCUAACUUUA